AGCCCUGUGCCGCCGUAGCCGGGUUGUUGGGUCCCCAUGCGCUGGGUCCUGUUGCGGUGCUCGGCCCGGGGAUGGCUCUGGCAAGAGGUGACCGACCCCUCCAAGGAGGCACUGAGGUCCCGGUGGGGACGCCUGAGCCGUGGGGGAUCGGGAGGGUUGCGUGGGCCUGGGUGGAGCUGAUUUAUCCCACAGCUUUUCCCUUGUGUCCCCCAAAUCCAGUUGCGUUCCUGGGAUGGCUCUAGGGCCAUCCACUUCCACGGGUGUCCUCAGUGGGAUGGGGGACACCCCCUGAAAUGAUGGGAGAGGGCCACGGGGAGGUCUGUGUGACCCCUGCAUGCCGAGGAGCAGCUCUUGGCCCUGCAGAGCAGCACAGACCCACCACCCAUCACGGAGCCGUCGGGCUGGAUCUGCCCCUUGCCCAGGAGUGGGUGCUCUGCGGUUCAGGAGGGGUUUGCUGUGGCUCCGCGUUGAUGACUUCCUUACAGGGAACAGACAUUUUGUGCUCUAAGGCUUCUCCUGGAUGUUUUUUCCAUGCUCAUCAAAGCUGCUUGGAGUUGUUUUGUUCUCACUAUUUGCAUCUGCUGGCAUCCCUCCAGUCAGCACUGGAGGGGACAGCCCAAAUUUUCACGCAUCCCUGCAAAACGGGUGAGCUCUGAGAGCUCCUUGGUCCCACAUAACCUACUCCCUGCCCUGAGAUUAAGCACGCCCUGUCUCCUGCUUUAUUUUUUUGGCCUUUUGGGGCUCCCGGAGUGUUUUAGAGGUGGUGCAGUGGCAGGGGCUGCCCACCAGCGAAGCGCAGCGUGGCUCGAUGCGGCGGAGCUGGGGAGAGCUGGGAUGGAGAUGCAGGAGGGCUAUUCGGAGUCCCCAGACCUGGAGUUUGAAUAUGCAGAUACCGACAAAUGGGCAGCAGAGCUCUCUGAGCUGUACAGCUACACGGAAGGGCCAGAGUUCCUGCUCAACCGCAAGUGCUUUGAGGAGGACUUCAGGAUCCACGUGCGGGACAAGAAAUGGACCGAGCUGGACAAGAACCAGCACCGCACUCACGCCAUGCGGCUUCUCGACGGGCUGGAGGUCACCGCGCGGGAGAAGAGGCUGAGGGUUGCCCGAGCCAUCCUUUACGUUGCCCAAGGCACGUUUGGGGAGUGUGGCUCCGAGGUGGAGGUGCAGGCUUGGAUGAGGUAUAACAUCUUCCUUUUGCUGGAAGUGGGGACGUUCAACGCUUUGGUGGAGCUGCUGAACAUGGAGAUCGAUAACAGCGCGGCUUGCAGCAGUGCCGUGAGAAAGCCGGCCAUCUCCCUGGCUGACAGCACCGACCUGAGGGUGCUGCUGAACAUCAUGUACCUGAUCGUGGAGACUGUUCGGCAGGAGGCUGAGGGGGACAAGCCCGAGUGGAAGAGCAUGAGACAGACCUUCCGAGCAGAGCUGGGAGCCUCCCUGUACAACAACGAGCCCUUCUCCGUCAUGCUGUUUGGGAUGGUGACCAAAUUCUGCAGCGGUCACGCUCCGCAUUUCCCCAUGAAGAAGGUGCUGCUCUUGCUCUGGAAAACUGUGCUGUGCACUCUGGGGGGCUUCGAGGAGCUCCAGAGCAUGAAGGCAGAGAAGCGGGAGAUCCUGGGCCUCCCGCCGCUCCCGGAGGACAGCAUUAAGGUGAUCCGCAACAUGCGAGCUGCCUCCCCGCCCGCGUCCGCCUCCGAUCUGAUCGAGCAGCAGCAGAAGCGAGGCCGGCGGGAGCACAAGGCCCUCAUUAAGCAGGAUAACCUUGAUGCCUUUAACGAGCGGGACCCUUACAAAGCUGAUGACUCCCGUGAGGAAGAGGAGGAAAAUGAUGAUGACAACAGUCUGGAGGGAGAGACUUUCCCCCUCGAACGGGAUGAAGUGAUGCCUCCCCCCACUCAGCAUCCCCCCAGUGACCGCAUCACCUGCCCCAAGGGGCUGCCCUGGGCCCCCAAGGUCCGAGAGAAGGACAUUGAGAUGUUCCUGGAGUCCAGCCGCAGCAAGUUCAUCGGCUACACUCUGGGCAGGUGGCUGCCCGCAGAUCCAGCCUGGGGGCACAAGUACACAUCUAUCGCAGAGGUGCAAGUGCACAUGGAGGACGAGUACCUGCGCUCACCGCUCUCUGGGGGGGAAGAAGAAGUGGAGCAAGUCCCUGCGGAAAUCCUGUACCAGGGCCUUCUGCCAAGCCUGCCGCAAUACAUGAUUGCUCUGCUGAAGAUCCUCCUUGCCGCAGCCCCCACCUCCAAAGCCAAGACGGACUCCAUCAACAUCCUGGCAGACGUCUUGCCGGAGGAGAUGCCGACCACGGUGCUGCAGAGCAUGAAGCUGGGGGUGGAUGUCAAUCGGCACAAGGAGAUCAUCGUCAAAGCCAUUUCCGCCGUGCUGCUCCUCCUGCUCAAGCACUUCAAGCUGAAUCACAUCUACCAGUUUGAGUACAUGGCCCAGCAUCUGGUCUUUGCCAACUGCAUCCCGCUCAUCCUGAAGUUCUUCAACCAGAACAUCAUGUCCUACAUCACUGCCAAGAACAGCAUUUCAGUCCUGGACUACCCGUAUUGCGUGGUGCACGAGCUGCCGGAGCUGACAGCAGAGAGCCUGGAAGCUGGGGACAACAACCAGUUUUGCUGGAGGAACCUCUUCUCCUGCAUAAACCUCCUGCGCAUCCUGAAUAAGCUGACCAAGUGGAAGCAUUCCCGCACCAUGAUGCUGGUGGUGUUCAAGUCGGCGCCCAUCCUGAAGCGGGCGCUGAAAGUGAAGCAGGCCAUGAUGCAGCUCUACGUGCUGAAGCUGCUCAAGGUACAGACCAAGUACCUGGGCCGGCAGUGGAGGAAAAGCAACAUGAAAACCAUGUCGGCCAUCUACCAGAAAGUGCGGCACCGUCUCAACGACGACUGGGCUUACGGCAAUGACCUGGAUGCCCGGCCCUGGGACUUCCAGGCGGAGGAGUGUGCCCUGCGCGCCAGCAUUGAGCGCUUCAACUCGCGUCGCUAUGACCGGGCUCACAGCAACCCCGAUUUUCUGCCCGUGGACAACUGCCUGCAGAGCGUGCUGGGCCAGCGUGUGGACCUGCCCGAGGAUUUCCAGGUCAACUAUGACCUGUGGCUGGAGCGGGAGGUCUUCUCCCGACCCAUCUCCUGGGAGGAGCUGCUGCAGUGACAGAUGUCAGGGAGGCAGGAGGGGGUGCUUUGGGGAGAUCUCGAGCCCAGCCCGCUGCCCAGGGGCAGGGGGAGGGAGGUUUUGGGGGGGUCUGUGGGUGCCUGGACCCCCUGUGGUGGGCUCGGGAGGAGGCUGGAGCUGUGGGGUCCUUGCCAAGACACUGUCCUGCCCCUCUGCCUCCUUCCAGGCUGCACCAGGCUCAAUCCUGAGCGGAGGGUGAAGGCUUGGUGGGGGCCCUGGGAGUUUCAUGCUGGGUGGGGGGGACCCAUGCAUGCCCCUGGGCGAUGCUUUUGGAGGCAGCACCAGCAUCGCCCUCCUGCCCCCCACCAGAGCCAAGAAGGGGGUGCAGGGAGUGGGGCAAAGUGGGGCCAGGGCCUCUUUGGCGCUGCUGCGGGACACGGGGAGCGCGGGGGCUGCUGUGGCAGGAGAGCAGUCUGCCCCCCUGCCCAGACCCUGCCUGAGGACACGGUGGCAGGGCUGGGGACACUGGGAGGGCGAUGGCGGGGGGUUGAGGGGCUGACCUCUU